AUUUAUUUUAUAACUGGAAACUCACAGAUUGUCAGUUAAAUAAUUUUGAUAAGAAAAACAACUUGUAAGAUUUAAGUGAUAAUAGAUAAGAAAUAAGAGAUAAAAAAGUGACUAUCACAAAAUAAAUUUUGUUUCAUGCAUUGCUUCUAUGUAUUCAGCUUAACUUUUGCCAUCUCUUUCUUAAUAUAUAUUUCUAAUAUAUUUUUUAAGGAAAGGCAAUGUCACUAUAAAUUAUUUUAUGAGUAUUGGAUAAAAAUAAUUUUGUAUCAAAUAUAUAUACCACAUUACACACUUAUUAUUUUUUAUGUUUUAUCUCGAUGUAAUUAUUAGGUUGUAUAAUAAUAGGCUACACAGAUGUUUUCAUAUUUUCUAUGUUGAUUAUUCACAAACGCAUGAUCAUGUAUGCCAAUGCCUUUAUUAUAAAUUGCUUGCACACUUGGAUUUAACAUUUCAUAUAUCUCAUUGUCAGCAGUAUGCAAACAGUGCAGACAGUGCAAACAGUAAAGCAAGCAGUAAACUAGCAAUAAGGAGAUCAAAGGCUGGAUGAUAAUGUCUUGCUAAAAAUCAUUUGCUAUCUCUGAAUCAAAGAAUUUGCAGUAUAUCAAAUAAUAAAGAUUUAUUGGUAUUACCAAUUUUUCUUGACUAAAGAUAAAAUGAGAAUGUGUGUUAUAAAGAUUAUUUAUUUCUUGUGAUGAACAAGCUUAAUAUAUAUGAGCUUAAAAUAUGGCCUUGAAGAAGUGUAUUAUCUUAUCACAACAUUCCAUUUAUCAAGGAGCAGUAAUAAAAUAUCAGUAAUAUCAUGCAUUUUUUUUACAAGUCAAAAUGGAUGCAAAGGAAACCGUAAUUCAUACUGAAAUAUUCGUAGCAUUAUUGAGUUAAAUCGCGAUUUGUAUUAUAUAUCAUGGUGCAGCAGUGGCUUCCCAAUUUUGAUGGUGGUCGUAGUGGACGGCGUUUUAUACUAACACUCGCUGCUGGAAUAGCUUUUGGCUUUCUAUCGGCAUGUUUGCUUAUUACAUCCACAAGAGAUGUACCGCACAUUUUCAGGUGGAUGCCAAGUAGUUCUGGUCUUUCUAGAGAUCCUCAUCAUUAUUCAGAACUGGAGUCAGAGAUCGGUCCUGAAACAGAAGUGAAAUUUCAUGGUGAAGAUGAAGAUUUUCACAAAGGAGAAGAUAGGAUAGCUCAGGAUAUGGCGAACAAAGUGCGUGUCCUUUGUUGGAUUAUGACCGGUCCAAAGAAUCAUCAGAGUAAGGCUCGUCAUGUGAAAGCGACGUGGGGAAAACGCUGUAACAUACUUUUAUUCAUGAGUUCUGCGGAAGACGCUAACUUACCUACUGUAGUUCUGCCAGUAAAGGAAGGUAGAGAUAAUCUAUGGGCGAAAACCAAAGAAGCGUUUAAAUACGCUUACGAAAAGUACAAAGACAAAGUAGAUUGGUUCAUGAAAGCUGAUGAUGAUACGUAUGUAGUAGUGGAAAAUCUGCGAUAUAUGUUAUCAUCUUACAAUCCAAACUCGUCAUUAUAUUUUGGCUGUAGAUUUAAACCUUUUGUGAAGCAAGGCUACAUGAGCGGUGGUGCAGGAUACGUACUUAGUAAGGAAGGUUUACGUAAAUUUGUGGAAGUGGGUUUACCCGAUAAAACCAAAUGUCGACCGGAUAAUGGUGGCGCGGAGGAUGUCGAGAUGGGAAAAUGUCUUGAAAAGAUAGGCGUACGAGCGAUGGACACUAGAGAUCCUCACGGACGGGGUAGAUUCUUUCCAUUCGUGCCAGAGCAUCAUUUGAUACCCAAUCAUGUGGACAAGAACUUCUGGUAUUGGAAGUAUAUCUAUUAUGAUACCAAGGAUGGCUUAAACUGCUGUUCGGAUAGCGCGGUUUCAUUUCACUACGUGUCACCGAACAUGAUGUACGUUCUCGAGUAUCUGAUUUACCACCUGAGACCGUAUGGCAUCAAUCAUGGCCUGGAAAAACCAUCCAUGGAUCGACCGUCAACGUUGACCGAAUACUAGUCCGUACACUGUCGUAAAUAGAUAAUAAGAUUCUUUGUUUUAUACACGAUACUAGUCCAUUCGAGCCAACGAUACGAGUGUAAUAUGUUCUCAGAGGAAAAAAAGUGUGAUAUAUUGUACUUCUUAGAUAAAUGAACUCUUUAUAUACGUAUCUAUGUUAGUUGGGGGAUGCUAUAGAGCCAUAAAGGAUAUAACUAUAGCACAGAAUGAAAGGGGAAGGAAAUAUAUACUGCAAGCACAAUAGAUUCCUUCAGGGAAAUCGUAGUUUUGUUGGUCCUUAUAACAUUGUCACUUUUUAAAUUUAUAAGAUAUUAGAUAUGACAAGAAUUUUUUUCAUGGCCAUAAGCGCAUCUUGAACAAAAAAAUAUAUAUAUAAUUAUAUAUAAAGUUAAUCUGCACAGAAAGAAAACAAGUUUUGUUUUAUUAACAAUGUAUACGUUACUGAAGAUGCCCAAUUUUAUUUUCUGUGUGUGUUCUCUUCAAUUAAAUACUUUUAUAUUCCUUUUAUAUAUCAUGAUAUUGCGAAUGUAUAAGCGUAGCACUGUUAGCGCAUAUAUAUAUGACACCAAAAGAGUACACGAGUCCGGAAAAUCUAGUGAUACGAAUAAUUUCACAUGUCUGGCAUGUGAAAAAUCUUCAGUCAAUUUGAUUCCUAGUCUAAUUAUGUAUGCUCGAUAUUUUUCUCACUUAUACAUGAGCGAAAAAUGUUUUUCGUCUUAUAAAUUUCUACUGUGCUUGCAACAUACAUAAUUUUUUCAGGCGCUGCAAAUUAAAAAAAAAUCAC